AUGGAACUGCCCUGCAGGUUUGGCAACAACAGCUGGACCCGAACCAAGUUCUUCGUGGUGGAGUCUGAAGGACCAGCCAUCGUCGGACUGCCAAGCUCCCGCCAGCUAAAUCUUGUGACGCUGCACUGUGCGAUCACAGCCACAGGCAGCAAGGUGAACACGGUUGAGGACCUCGUGAAAAUCUACCCGGACGAGUUCGACAAGAUCGGCAAGUUCCCAGGGAAGUAUCACAUCGAGCUGAAGGAAGAAGCCCAACCUGUGAUACAUGCACAGAGGAAGUUCUCCAUCCACCUGAGAGAGCAACUCAAGGCGCAGCUGGACGAGAUGGAAACCACAGGUGUCAUCAAGCAGGUCCAAGAGCCCACAGACUGGGUCAACAGCAUGGUCUGCACCAAGAAGAGCGAUGGAACUCUCAGAGUGUGCCUCAACCCGAAGGACCUCAACAAGGCCAUCAAAAGCAAACUGGACGCCAAGAACGGCUAUUGGUCGGUGACGUUGGAUGAGCAGACCUCGUUCCCCACCACCUUCAAUACCCCGUUCGGAAGGUACAGGUACCUCCGGAUGCCGUUCGGCCUGGCCAUGUCCCAGGACGUGUUCCAGCGCAAGAUGAACCAGAUCCUGGAGGAAUGUCCUGGAACAAUGGGAAUCGCAGACGACGUGGCUAUCUUCGGCUAG